AUGUAUAUGCAUGUGUGCAUUCUGUUUAAAACUGACAUUACUUGCAGGUGCAAGGGAUUCUUCAAGAGAACGGUACAAAACAAACGCAUGUACACGUGCGUAAGCGGUACCGGAAACUGCCCAAUGACCAAAGAACAACGUAAUCGAUGUCAGUUUUGUCGAUUUCAGAAAUGCUUACAACAGGGUAUGGUCCUUGAAGCAGUACGUGAGGAUCGAAUGCCCGGCGGCAGAAAUGGAAGUGCAAUUUAUAACUUGUAUAAAUUGAAGUAUAAAAAAACUAAGCGUUUGCAAGCCUUGUGCGAAAGUAUUUUACGUGAAAACUCAUCACGUUGUGGUACACCAUCAAAUGCUUAUGCCGGAUCUCCUUUUCGAGGUAUGCCAACGGAAAAGAAAGCAAUUACCGGGCGUAGAUCCCCGUUAAGUCCACCCUUAGGUACCCCUGCACCUGAAUUACGUUCAACCGUAGAACCUCUUAAUUUAUCCGCUAAGGAAGAUGCAAUUCGGAGUGAGGAAACCACAAUAGCAAAUGAAUUUAAUGGUGCAAGUACAACUGUGCACUGCAAUCUUACUCGAUCUCCACUUCCUACUCAUAAUAAGAACCUUAUACAGGAAUUGAUUGAAAUAGAUCAUAUCGAAAAGUUGAUCAAUUUAAAAGGUUUACGAAUAGCACAACAUUUGGGGUCAACUACUGCUAAUUCACUAACCCCAGCAUGUCAAAGGUUAUCAAGAAUUGGUGAUGAAAUCGUUGAACAACUAGUAGAAUGGACAAAAAUGCUGCCAUUUUACAAUGAAUUACCCGUAGAAGUACACACUCAUUUAUUAACUCAACGAUGGGCUGAACUGGUGUUGUUAUCAGCGUGUUAUUACGCAGCAUCAACACGAACAUCUAGUCAAGACAGUUUACCAGUAAGUUCAACAACUACUGAAGACUGCGAAGAAGUAUCAUUUGUUGAUUCUUCUAUCAAUUUACAAUUAUUACAAAAACGAUUAAGUGCUGUAAUGGGAAAAAAUAUACCAUUGGAACAUGUGAAUAAAGAAGCUUCAUCAUUGGUAGAAAAGUUCACAGCUUUGCUUCAUUCCUUUAGUCGCUUGAAAAUUACACUUGAAGCAUAUGUUUGUCUCAAGGCGAUUACUUUGCUACAUUAUACACCUCAUAAUUGUGAUGAAAAUCCAAUGGAUAUGAAGGAAUCAAUGGUAAGAAGUGUAUAUAUUCGGAAAGUUUCACUUAUCCAAGAUCAAUUUGUGAAAGCUUUACAGAUCCAUCUAAGUCAACAUGAAAAUGGUGCAAGACUAACUGAUAUUCUUACUUGGUUACCAAUUAAAAUGUUUUACGUGCCCUUCUUAAUCUGCAAAAAUCCACAACAAAUCAGUCGUUGCAACGGGAACUGCUCAGAGAUUCGAGCAUUGUUAUCUCCAUCAUUAUCACCACCAUCAUAUCAUCAAUAUCAUAAUCAUCAUCAUCAUCAUCAUCAUCAUCAUCAUUUGUCUGAUACAAAUAUUAUCAAUGAUAGUGAAGACAUAAAUGCUAGUAGUAGUUGUUAACA